AUGACGUUAAUUCGGUUGUGGGUGGCGGAAGGAUUUGUAGAAGUGAAAGCUGGAAUGACAAAAGAAGAAGUUGCUGAGGGAUACGUUAAUGAGCUAAUCAAUAGAAGUUUAGUUCAAGUGGCAAAGAAGAGGCGUGAUGGGAGGUCGAAAAGUUAUCGAAUCCAUGACCUUUGGCGUGAAAUAGUUGUUUCAAAGUCUAGAGAGCAAAACUUUGUGUCAUUAACUAGUGCCGAGAAGUUGACACGUGUUACAGAGUUGCCAGAAGAGAUACUGAAGUUGCAAUAUCUUCGUCAUCUCUUAUUGACUAGUGUUAACAAAAGAUUGAGGGGUUGUUACGAUGGUUUUCACGUUUUAACUGGAUUCAAAGUCCCAAAAGGAAUAGGGAGCUUGACAUCCUUGCAGAAAUUAUGUUAUAUUGAGGCAGAAAAUGGAAAUGGAAAGGUGCUAUGUUCAUCCCUUGAGAAGCUAAACAACCUUCAAUCGUUGCAUGUUGGUGCAAAAGAGGAAGAUGAGAUCAUUGAUCUAGAUUCUUUGUCUUCGGCACCUCGACGAAUUAGGACACUCUAUUUAAAAGGACGCCUACAAGACCUACCCCACUGGAUACAUUCACUUCACAACUUGACGAGAGUAUGCUUAUGGUGGAGUAAGUUAAGGGAUGUUGAUCCACUGCAAUCCUUUCAAGACUUGCCACAUUUGGUUAGCCUUAAUCUCGGGGCGGCUUAUGAAGGAGAAGGAUUAUGUUUCAAGGCAGGUGGGUUUGAAAGCCUCAAAUGUUUAUGUCUGACUCGAAUGGAAGGAUUAAAAUGGGUGAGAGUGGAGGCUGGCUCAAUGCCUCUUCUUGAAGAGGCAUAUCUCUGUGAGUGCAAAUCGAUGAAGAAGUUGCCCUCAGGGAUUGAACAUCUGACCAACCUUAAACUUCUUGACUUGGCAGAUUUGUCAGAUAGCUUGAUUACAAGUUUGAAUAGAGACUUAAAAGGUGGGGAUUUUUGGAAAAUUGCACACAUCCCUAAAGUUUUGAUUGUGGACAGCAAAUCGGGCAUUUGGAAAAUAACUUAUCUAUAA